AUGUGGCUGCUGCUUCAGGCUGCUUCGACAGAGCCUGCCGCACCUGCCGACCCGCCUCGCGAGCCGUCGCUGGCGCCUGCCGCACCUGCCGACUCACAUCGCGAGCCGUCGCCGGGGCCUGCCACGGCUGCCGACCCGCCUCGCAAGCUGUCGCCGGCGCUUGCGGCAGCUGCUGAGCCGCCUCGCGAGCCGUCGCCGGGGCCUGCCGCGGCUGCCGACCCGCCUCGCGAGCCGUCGCUGGCGCCUGCCGCGGCUGCCGAGCCGCCUCGCGAGCCGGCGCCGACGCCUGCUGCGGCUGCCGAGCCACCUCGUGACCCAUCGUCGCUGCCGGCCGCCGCUGCCGCGCAAGCCAAGCCGGGCAAGCCGGGCCAGCACCUGUUGAAGCAUGAGGUCACGGCAGAGACGCGGGCGGCAGCGGCUGAGGCCCUAGGCGCCGACCCUGUCCAGGCGGGGCUGGCAAUCUGGGAGCUCAGGCAGCCGGAGCUGCGACACAUGUUUGGCGUCGUGUUUGGCGUGCAGACCGCGAGCGGCAACAACGGCUGGAUGCGCGGCAAGCUGCUGCAAGCCGUGGGCCUCCCCACACGCUGGCACCCCGAUGACGCAGCAGCACAGGAGCAGCAGGCCGCGUCCCCGGGUGGCAGCCACGGCUCGCAGCCAGGCGGCGAGGCUCCCGAGGGGAGGAAGCGGGGGCGGCAGCGGCAUGUGCCGGCGCGGCUGCAGGAUUCGGAAGACAGCGCGCCCCGGGUUCGAGCUGUCAAGAAGAAAGCCAUCGCACACACGCCGACAGAAUCCCUGGGCGGCACCAGCAGCGGCGGCGUCAGUGCCAAGCCCGUGCGGCAGGGCACCAGCCCGCCCCCGCACCCUGCCCAGCCUGACAUCGGAGCCGGCGGGUCUGGCGGCGCCGCACCCACCAUUGUGCUGAUGAUGGGGCCGGGUGCGCAGCUGCCGUACUGGGCAGGCGGCCAGCCUGGUGCGCAACCGGGGCAGCCACAGGCGCCGCCCUGGCAGCAGGCGCCGCAAAUACAGCAGCCUGGCGGUGCGCCGCCGCAGCAGCAGUUUGUGGUGCUGCAGCAGCAGAGCAGCGGCGGGCCCGGCUCCAAUGUGGAGCAGGCGGCGCUGGCGGCGCUGCAGGCGCUGGGCUGCCUGCCCCCGGGCGCUCAGCCGCCGCCGGGCCUGAUGGCGGCUGCGCUGGGCCUGACACCCGGCGCACAGCCACAGCCGCAGGCCGCAGACAGCAUGCCUCUCGUCCUGCAGCCGGGUCAGGCCAACAGUGGCGCCUGGCCAACCCUGCUGGGUCCCAGCGGCCUGCCUGCCGAUAGCGCAGCGGCCUGGGAAGCCUACCAGCGGCAGCAGCAGCAGCAGCAGCGCCUGCAGCAACAGCAGCAGCAGCAGGAGCAGCAGCUGCAGCUGUUGCAACUGUACCAGGAACAGCAGCGUCACAAGCAGCAACGCCAGCUGCUGCAGCACUAUCAGGAGCAGCUGCAGCUGCAGCAGCACUUACAACGUCAACAGCAACAGGAGCAGCAGCUGCUGCUUCAGCAUCAGCGGGAGCAACAACUUCAGCAGCAGCAACAGCAGCAGCAGCAGCAGCAGCUACACUUGCGGCAGCAGGAGCAGGAGCAAGAGCAGCAGGAGCAGCAGCAGCGCCAGGCCCAGCUGCAGGCUGCCCAGCCGAAAUCGGUGCAGAUGCCGCCGCCAGCACCGAGGCAGCCAGCAGCCAGCACAUCGUGUGCGGUGGUGCAGCCUGUGGACGUCAGCGGGGGCGGUGCAGCUCGCGCAGCCACCGCCGCCAGCCCAUUUGCCCAGGAGGCUUCAGUGCCCCUGCCUUUAGCGCAAGUGAAAAGGGAGGAGCCGGCGCAGCAGGCGGCGGCGCAGGAGGGCAGGGAGCCGUCGUUUCUGCAGCAGCAGCUGCUGCUGUCGGGGUUGCAGCCCGAUCCCAGCCUGUUUGCCGGGGUGGACGCGCUGAGCUGGUCGGCCUCCUUUGCAACCCUAAGCGCCGACCUGCACACCCUGUUCCAAGCCUGGCAGGACGGCAGGGUGUCGCUCAGCCUCCCACCCAACGCACCCUCGUGA